ACAGGCAUAUUAAGAACAUAUAUAUUAAGAAUAUAUACAGUAUAAGAUAUAUUUUUGUGUGAGAAUGUUUCGAAUGAAUUAUCUAUUUAAAAGUCUGAUGGCCUGGGGGAUAUAUGCCAUUCAUGGUGCAUUUACAAAAGUAACACAUUAUACAAAGCUUUUUCACUCAUUCACAGCAACUGAAUAUACAGUACAACUGUUGCAAUAACAACAAAUGGGGUUGAUCAUUAAUAGCUAUAAUAAUAAUAAUAAUAAUAAUAAUAAUAAUAAUAAUAACAAAAAUGUAUGAGAAGAACUUCAGGAUGUCAUACUUUAUUCUACAACACGGUUGAUAUGGGUCAUUUAAAUAACCGUUAAAUGCUAUUAUAAUAUUCCCUGUUGCAGACUAAUUAAAAUUGAAGUCGAUGGUGAACAUUUUCCCACGUGCUGCUGCUGCUGCUGCCUUUCUUCGCAAAAAUGAGUUCGCAUAGCGAGCACAUGGGAUGCGGCACAUACUGUAGUUAAUGGGGUGCUCAGUAGCUAUUUCACAUGGACAUGCCUUCUCUCUGCUCUACAACAAAUAUAAUUGGAAAUAAAAUCCUGACCGCUGAUCUCUUUUAAGUCUAAAAAAAUAUAUUAAAAAAAAUAUUUCAUUCCAUUUGUCAUUUUUAAAGUAAAUGUUUAUAAUAAUAAUAAUAAUAAUGAUAAACACAUAGGCUAAUAAAAACAACAACUUUAACGAACUACAACUGCAAUUUGUGAUAAAAAUGUCAAUAACAAGACUCUUUUUUCUUAAUAUGUUUAAAUAAGGGAAAUAUUGAAUAUGCAGUAGCCCAAGUCUGUCCCUGUUUUUCAUAUUUUCUAACAUGCGGUAGUAAUUUGUUAUUUUUUUUAUACUUUAUGUAAUUCAACAUGCACUGUUUUCUUUACAUCUUCGUACAUCAUUAAACUUUCCAAUGUCCUGAUACCUGCACCUAUACAAUGAUUACAGGGCAUCAUACUGAAUAAUAUAAUCAUAUAUAUCUUCACCCAGGCAGUUAUUUAUUUAAUCAAAGUUGUGCACUUUAGUGUAAAAGUUUCACGCAGCAGCAGCAGCAGAAGCUUGCGACACCAUAAUAAAGUGACCUCGUGAGGUCAAUGCAGACAGAAGGGGAGCUCCCAGCUGUCCAAUCAGAGAGCUCCUCCAGCCUCCCAACGUCCGGGUCUCUGACCAAUCAGGAGGCUUAGCGCGGACUCAGAGGAGGACAGCGACCACAGAUAAAAUGUUUGACUUUCCAUCCAUCCUCUCAAAACCAAAUCCUCCCAAAUGCUCGCAGGACUUGUUAGAGACCUGCUCUUUGAUUUAAAAAGUCUCACCUCAGCUCACAUCAACUCACUGGAUACCAGUCAGCAACACUUCAUCGUCUUCUUCUUCUUGCAACCUGUUACUGAAGGAAAAAGCAGGCGUCCGUAGUGAAGUGCGAGAUAAACAAACAAAAAGGGUGUUUUGUGGGAUUAAAAGCGACAAAGAAAAGGCAGCUUCGUUUCAAGUGUUACCUGACAGAGAGUCAGGGAUCAUGACAGCGCUUACAGGAGGUUUACAGAGGAUGAUGAGACCGACUCCCCACCAGAACUACCCGCGAGGAGGAUACUCUCUGGAAGUGUCCACUCCGUUGGGACAGGGUCGGGUCAACCAGCUCGGUGGUGUCUUCAUAAACGGCAGACCUCUCCCCAACCACAUCCGACAUAAAAUCGUGGAGAUGGCGCAUCACGGUGUCCGGCCGUGCGUCAUCUCCCGUCAGCUGCGCGUCUCCCACGGCUGCGUCUCCAAGAUCCUGUGCCGGUACCAGGAGACCGGCUCCAUCAGGCCGGGGGCCAUCGGAGGCAGCAAGCCAAAGCAAACCGCCUCUCCAGAGGUGGACAAGAAAAUCGAAGAGUACAAGAGAGAAAACCCGGGCAUGUUCAGCUGGGAGAUCAGGGACAAGUUACUGAAAGAUGGAGUCUGCGACAGGAACAAUGUUCCCUCAGUGAGCGCCAUCAGUCGCAUCAUGAGGUCUAAAUUCGGCGGAGGCGGUGAUGAUGAAGAGGAGGAUGAUGAAGUGGUGAAGAGAGAGAUGGAGGAAAACGAACCGCGGACAAAACACAGCAUCGAUGGCAUUCUGGGAGACAGAUCCAGUCACUCAGACGAGGGCUCCGACGUGGACUCAGAGCCCGGCCUGCCUCUGAAGAGGAAGCAGCGUCGCAGUCGGACCACCUUCACAGCGGAGCAGCUGGAGGAGCUGGAGAGGGCCUUCGAACGGACGCACUACCCCGACAUCUACACGCGGGAGGAGCUGGCUCAGCGGGCCAAACUGACGGAGGCUCGAGUUCAGGUGUGGUUCAGCAACAGGAGAGCCCGGUGGAGGAAACAAGCAGGAGCCAAUCAACUGAUGGCGUUCAACCACCUCAUCCCCGGCGGUUUCCCUCCGUCAGCUAUGUCCGGCCUGCAGCCCUAUCAGCUGUCCGACAGCCCUUACACUCCCACUUCUUUAGGUCAAGCAUCCGAGCAGCCCAGUACGGUCCACCGACCGCAGCCUCUGCCCCCCACCUCCGUGCACCAGAGUGGGCUCGGCUCGUCGGGCUCUCAGGAUGGAAGCUCUGCGUACUGCCUGGCCUCUGGACGACACGGCUUCUCAGGAUACUCGGACAGCUUUGUGGCCCAGACGGGACACGCCAAUUCCGUCAACCCCACCAUCGCCAACAGCCUCUCACCACAGGUAAUGGGCCUGUUGAACCCAGGUGGAGUGCCUCAUCAGUCCCAGAGUGACUUUGCCCUCUCCCCGCUGACCGGAGGCCUGGAGCCUAGUGGCGGCAUGGCUGCCAGUUGUCAUGGCUCCCAGCGCUUGGAGGCUAUACCUGGCCUGACCAGCAUGCCCACUCUGCCAAGCACCCAGUCUUACUGCCCACCUUCCUACAGCACCCCAGCCUACGCCAUGGACCACCAUCCAUCCUACCAGUAUGGACAGUACAGUCAGAGCAAGGUGCCUUUCAUUAUAUGAAGCCCCCAACAUGGCCUGAACAGGAGGCUUCCCGGCCGGCCAGUCUGACAUUCAUCGCCAGAGAACACCCCCACCACGCUGCCUUUGCCAAACGUCCCCAGCCCCGAGGACAGCGAAAGAGAGAGAGAGAGAGAGAACGGUUGGGUGGGUGAAGGGGUUGAGGUGCUCUCCUCCAGCAUGAGAACCAGUUGAGGUGGAGGUGUAGUGAUGGCGAUGGAGGGGGUUGACUGGAAUAAUUUGGACCAAAGGGCGCAGCCUCUCCUGUUACCUGGCAAUCGCUUUGCUCGUGCGUCACGUCACGCUCCGAGGACCAAGCACGGCUCGUUGUCCACGCUUAAAGAGGAAAAGAAGAGGGGGGGAAAGGGGAGUAAAUACAUUCAAGAUUGUGUAUUUGAUUUUUGUAAUAAGUGGCAGAGAGGUGGACUCGGGAAGGCCCCUGUGCUCCGGGGGCCCAACUUGAUAGAGGAGGGUCGUAUUCUCAUGGUUAUCAAAAGGCCGGAUGAUGAUAACGCUCAGCCGCUACGUUCUUCUAAGGAAAAUAAUAUUUACUGUACAUCGAUGCGAUUCUCGUACGAGACUUUGGAGAUGAAAGUAUGACUACACCGGGAAAACCAGCAGAAAGGCAUGAAUGGAGGCGGAGUGGAGUCAUAGUGAAACCACUGCAACCCAAAGAAAGUGCAAUACAUUCAUACCUCAUGUGAUGUAAAUUAACACGGAUCAAAUGUCCCCCCUCAAAAAACAAUAUGCCCUCUCUUUUUAAUGUCAUUCAUUUUGGGUCGUGUGCAUUGAUCAAUCAGGGGAAAUCAUCAAGUGAUGAAAAAUAGCAAACGUAGUCGUGAUGUCAUUAAGCCAAAAAAUUCUCUGCCAGUGAAUACAUUAUUCAGUUUGACAGUUAAUUUUUUAUUUUUUUUUAUUUUGCAUGUGUUAAAUUAGUUUUCACCAGGAACUUGCAAACAUUAGUUCCAUUUCUUAUUUAUUUAGUGUCGUUCAAGUGUUAUGUCUCUUCUGUACGUUUUGUAUUAAGUGCUCUUAAGUGCUUACACAGUGUUCAUUAUACAUGUUUUUUUUCUCUCUUUUGUAUAAUUUACAUUUACAUUGGCGUAAAAUGAUUUUGUUGUAAGAAGUUUUGUGUACAAUACAGCACUAUUUACUAUUUAUAAUAAACUAUGUAAAAAUGUA